AAAUUUGUAAACUAAAUUCCAAAGUUAAUAUAUUGGGUUUGCGGACUUUAUAAAAUGGCGCUUCGCCUUACGACUGUUGCCUUCCGCAAACGUGCUCCUCUACUACUCGUGUCAAAGUUACAGCCACCACCGCCAAAGCGAACUUUACUGCUUCGAAAAAACCUCGUACCGUUUUUAGAUGAUGAUCCUUGUGUGUUCUCCAAAAAAGCCAUAAUGCACCAUUGGGGGGCUGUACCCAUAAUAGCGUUUACGGCCGUCGCAUUCGCCGUUGAAGUGACAUUCUGGAUAAAAAUAGCUCUGACCAGACACGAUGUUUCUUAUACUGAAAAUUCGGCAGCCUGCGAUAAUCUCGAGACCCGCAAUAGCUUUUAUUACCCAGCGCGGUAUCUCAAGUUUUGGAGAAUCAAUCAAAGGUGCGAGGUUCCGCAAGGUUUAAUAUGUGCUAAGCAGGGCGACACGGCAGGACCCUCAUUUGCGGAGGUCGGUGACAAAAAAGGUGAGAAGAAUACAAAAUAUACCGGUAUGCAAGUGGCAGGACAUGCUGCCUUGACUGCAGCCGCACUCGGUUUGGCUUCAGCAGCGAAUAUUUGAACGAGGCGUACUCUAAAUGUGAUCAUUUUAGCCCCCCAACAUUGAAAAAGAUCCGGAAACAAAAACUAUGUUGAUGUUUGAAUGCUUUGGAGGCCAGACACUCGCGGUUGCUUGGUAUGGACUCGUGAGGGUUCGGAUCGACUGAGCUUGGUCCGCGGCCUCCAGUCCAUAUGAAUAGCAAUUGCAGCGUUUUAGAUACCAAAGCAACAUUCAACAUUGCUGACCGGAAGGAAACCACAAAAGCGAAAUAUACAGGAAAAGCGAAGUGAGCUAAACAAAAAAAUUCAUUUCAGCGCAACGGAAAACCAAAUUUGUAUCGUAUAAAAAUAUAUAUAUAACCUGAAUAAAAUAAUACUACAAAAAUAUAGUGUUACUUCAUUAUUAAGGCUGUUUGUGUUCUGUUUUAAGUAACUGUCUAACAGAGACUUUAAAAACUAAAUUAUAAAAGUCUUAAUGAAAAUUUAUGAAUAUUAAUACUACGUAAAGAGUCCAUUGUUUUUUAAAGUACAAAUAUCAACUGAUCUUAUCAUAUUUAUAUUCAUCUCGGAAUUCUUUCUA